AUGGCUGACGCGGCAUUGCUAAAGGAAGUCAACAUUAAAACAGGCAUUGUCAAAAGACUUGUGAAGGAGCUUGCCUGCUACAAGAAGGAGGCAGAAAAGGAAGAGUCUAAGUUAAAGUCUAUGAAAGCAGACCCGAAGGCUGAUGAAUAUCUUGUCAAAAAGCAGGCGGAAGUACUUCAGGACACACGUCAGAUGAUUCCGAACUGUACUCAAAGGGUUGUGAAAGCACUGGAGGAUUUAAAGAAGGUUUCCUUUCUUGAGUUACCUAGUUAA